AAAGAUUUCUGUGUUCUCCUUCUCCUUGGGCGUUCCCAACGUUCCUACCUAUCGGCGAGGCGAGAGCGACGUUUGAAUUCUCCCCACCGGAGUGGGAGCGGUGUUUUCAUGACCGUCGACGAUGGCUGCAGCGCCAGCGAGGCAGUGGCAUCCCCUGCCACCUUCCUCGCCACACACACACCAGCGCCGCCGCACAAAUCCAGCAGCCCUCGCGUCAAUUUCAGCUCACCUGAUGAUGGUGCGUACCGACCUGCAGCCACCUGUCUGGGACGGAAGCACGAUGAGGCUGAUGAUGUUGACGACAGCACACCCCAGUUCGAGUGGACGGCGACGGCGCAGUCGACGGGCUCGACGCUGUCGCUGCCCGAUAGCCCCACACACACCGACACGGCGAGUCCAGGGGCCCUCCACUCCCUCUUUGGCAGACCCCUGUAUGCCAAGCUGGGGACUGCAGACGACUCGCCGGCACGCAGACAGCAGCAGCACCAGCAUCAUCAAGACGCAGACGUCCUGGAGGUCACGAAGCUGACAGUCAGUGUCGACAGUAACAGCGAUGCUGCUGUGGCUGUGGGUGUGGGUGUGGCGGCCCCACCACGGAAGCGGGGCAGAUUGGAGGCUUCCCUCGGCCUCAUCUUAUGCGGCGCCUCCGCAUUCUUUUUCGCCUUGGCGUGUAAGCAGAGGCAGAGCAGAGCACCACACAUGGAUAUCGACCCACAAAGCAGUCCUCAUCACACGACAAACAAACCUUUGUCGUGUGUGUGUUUCCUGCGUGCAGCGAUGUUUGUGAAGAUUGCGAGCAAGGAGGUCCCCGUCGCCUACAUCAUCUUCUCGCGCGGCUUCUUGCAGACGGUCUUGGCGGUGGCCAGUAUGCUGCUGCAGGGGGUGAUGGAGGGGCGGUGGGUCAACUUGCUGGGCCAGCGGGGCAUCAGGCAUCUGCUCUUCUGCCGCGGCCUGUUUGGGGCUUUCGCUGUGGGCUUGUUCUUCUUCACUGUCACGCAGCUGCCGCUUGGGGACGCGUCGGCCGUCUUUUUCACCUCACCUAUUGUUACGGUACAGCAGCACACCGACACCGACACAGAGAGACGGAAAGGCAGACAGACAUGUGUUUUGUCUGUGUGUGUGUUUCGCCGUUUCCGCCACUCCACAGGCGUUGCUAGCGUACCUGGUUCUGGGCGAGGCGUGGGCCGCAUCCAACUGGAUCAUCGCUUUCGUGUCCUUCUGCGGUGUGAUGCUCAUCGCCCGCCCAUCUGCGCUCUUCCCCCCCUCCCUCCUUCCCCCCGACCCAUGCGCUGCUGGCGGCCACCGGCUGCUGUCAGACCACGAGCUGUACCCCCUGCACGCCGCCCUCGACUGCUCUCACCGUGCCUCGCCGCCACACCUGGUGCCUCGGACAGGGGCCGUGUGUCUCGCCUUCGUCGGCGCUAUCAGCGGUAUUAGGGUGGGGGAGAGAUGCGCAUGGCAUGUGGUCCAACGUAUUCAUCAUGUGCUGUUCUGUGCUGUCACACGUCACACAGGAGCCGUUGCGCUGUGUUUUGUGCGUUUGAUCGGCAAGCGGACGGAGCCUUUGGUGCUCGUCAACUACUUUGGCCUGUGCACGUCAGCGGUGUCUUUGGCGCUGGUGAUGGCCUUCACUCCGCCGCAGACAGUUGACUUCGCCUCGGUGUCGAUGGGCUCGUGGCUGGCCACUGUCGGUGUGGGCUUCCUGGGCUUCUCGGCACAGUGGUGCCUCAACAAGGGUCUCCAGCUGGAGAAGGCAGGACCGGCAGGUACGGUACCCAGAAAAUACACAACCACACCCAGAGUGCUCUCAAUCACUCGUCGUCUGUUCUGUGUGUCCGUGGGUGUGGGCGUGUGCGCAGCGUUCAUGCGGAAUUUGGACGUGGCCUUGGCCUUCAUUUUCCAGGUGUGCAUACUGGGGGUCCCCCUGGACCCGCUGUCCGUCACCGGCGCGGGCCUUGUAGUGGGCUCUGCCUCGGUGAUGGUGCUGCGCAAGUGCGUGAGUGGCCAAUAGGGGAGGAGGGCAGAGAGGGCGGCGUGACGCGACGCAUGAUACGUGCGUGUUGGUUGUGCAGACAGACAGACAGAGAGGGACGUACACACACAUUUUCAGUAUGUAUCCAUUUUCAUCACGCAAGGUGUGGUGUGGGUGGACGAGCGAAGCUCUUGCGUGACGUGCAUCUGUGGCUUUGUUGGUUGAUGCGUCUGUCAGUGGGCCUCACGCGGCCCUUGUUGGUUUGGUAGAAGGAAGGCAGAUAGGGAGCUUUCUCUGUGCACGGCCAGGCCAGCGUGUGUGUGUGGGUAGUCAGUGCGAUGACACGAACACAGGGAUGGACCUGAAGGUGGGUGGGAGGGAUUCCUUCUGUUUAUGUGUGACCUGACCCUAUCGUGUGUGUUGUCUGUCUUGAUUCGUUUGGAG